AUGGCCCUGGCAGCGACGCAACUUCUAAUUAACGACCAAGUAACAAUGGUCAACAACAACAAAAGUCAAGAACACAACUCGAACUCGACUUCUUCCAGUGGAGAACUGGAGGAACCAACCAAAGAGGAAAAGGGAUCUUCCCCAGAGUCAUCCGAGCGUCGAACCGGCAGCGAGGAGAGCGAUGAAAUCAACACGAGCCUCAGCUCGCUCCCACAAUCACAUGCACAGUUUCCCUUCAGCAAGCUCUAUCCAGCGCUUGUCAACCAACAGGAACUCAACAAACAGCUGAAUGCCGAGAGGAGCCAGUCCGACAUUUCCGCGAUGGAGAAGCAGCUACAGGAGCAGGCCUCCGAGCUAGACAUACUGAGGACGCAAGUGGCCCUGCUUCAAAAAGGCGCCGUAAUGCAGCAACAGUCGAUGAAGUUUCCCACGACGCCAAUCGGGCAGAGUCCCUUCCUGCUCCGCGCGCUGAUAGGAAAUCAGCUGUUGCACGCUAGCGAUCACAUGCAGCAGCAGCUAAACCAGACCUCGCCGCUGCAAGAAGUAAGCCAGCUAAAUCUACUCUCCAACCAACAAGCGCUCAAUCACCAGGCAAAUCUUCUGUCGCAGCUAAAACAGCCUCUGUAUCAGAUGGCUCGCUCGUUCAGUCCGUCCCAGCCAAGCAUGAGUCCAACGAAGAUUCCAAUCACAAGUCGUCCUAGUUGUCACUUCAGCGCUGCGAAAACAGCUUCUCUUCCGUCCCAGGCACAAUCCCCGAUCGAACUUGCGCAGCAAAACUUGGUCCUAUUCUCCUCCCAGAUCGGAAAAUCUGAUCCCGAGAACAGACGAAAUUCUCCCAGUCCUCCCACAAAAACACACGGCCAAUCGCCGUACGAGACAAAAAUUUACCGCGAACCGCGAAAAAACGCAUCUGAACACAUAAAACGACCAAUGAACGCGUUUAUGGUCUGGGCGAAGGAUGAAAGGCGAAAGAUUUUAACGCAAAAUCCAGACAUGCACAAUUCAAAUAUUUCAAAAAUUCUAGGCUCCAGAUGGAAACAAAUGUCCCCUGAACAAAAGCAACCAUAUUACGAGGAACAAGCGAGACUAUCCAAAGCGCACAUGCAAAAGUACCCAGACUACAAAUACAAGCCCAGGCCGAAGCGCACUUGCAUCCACAAUGGCAAGAAAAUGAGGAUAUCAGAGUACAAGGCGCUGAUGAAGCAGAAGAAGGAAUCCUUGGGGCACAAAUUUCCCUCGAUGGACACAGUCGAUCUGGAAUUCCCCUCGAGCCCGCCUGACAUGGUGAUUCAAGAAAUGCAGCCAGAAGUAGAAACCGAGUAA